CGUGGCUCGGAGGGCGCUGCCGGUGGGGUCGUGAGGGCGGCGGGGCGGUCGGCAUGGAGGCGGCGGGUAGGGGGGCUCGGGCGGCAGGUGUGGUGUGGCAGGUAUGAGGAGCCGGCAGCGGGUGUUUGCAGCAGUGAUGCGCCUGCUCCUCAAGUGCCUGCGGCUGGGCCGGCGGCGGCGGCUUAAGCUGGUGCGUCAGGCAGAGCAGCUGUGGCAUUAUUGGCACCUCUGCCUCCGCUCCCUGCUCUACAACUCCUUCACCAAUGGCGACGUGGUGCUCGACUCUCUCUUUGAGCCCAUCUACUGGCUGGUGGACCAUAUCACCCGGUGGUUUGGUGUGGUAUUUGUGGCACUGGUGAUCAGUCUGACAAGCUCCAUUGUGGCCAUCGUGUACAUCUGCCUCCUACCCCUCAUCCUGCAAACCUACACACCUUCUUGGAUCUGCUGGCACAUUGCCUACGGACACUGGAACCUUGUCAUGAUUGUCUUCCACUACUACAUGGCCAUCACCACCUCACCAGGGCACCCACCACAGGCCAAGGACAAUCUCACCGGCGUCUUGAUCUGCAGGAAGUGCAUUGCCCCUAAGCCAGCUCGCACUCACCACUGCAGCAUCUGCAACAGGUGCGUGCUGAAGAUGGACCAUCACUGCCCCUGGCUAAACAACUGCGUGGGACACUACAACCACCGCUACUUCUUCUCCUUCUGCCUGUUCAUGACCAUGGGCUGUAUCUACUGCAGCAUCAGCAGCUGGGAGAUGUUCCGGGAUGCCUAUGCAGCCAUCGAGAAAAUGAAACUACUUGAGAAGGAGAGACUGCAGGUGGCUGCCAACCAGACAUACUACCAGACCCCACCACCCACCUUUUCCUUUGGCCAGCGAGCUUUCCACAAGAGCGUGGUCUACCUCUGGGUCCUCUGCAGCUCAGUUGCUCUGGCCCUGGGUGCCCUCACGCUGUGGCACGCUGCCCUCAUCACACGUGGGGAAACCAGCAUUGAGCGGCACAUCAACAAGAAGGAGAGGCAGCGACUGCUGAAAAAAGGCAAGGUCUUCAGGAACCCCUACAGUUAUGGAGGCUGGGAUAACUGGAAGGUGUUCCUGGGCGUGGACCUACCAAGGCACUGGCUCACCCGUGUCCUGCUGCCCUCUCCUCACCUACCCCAUGGGUCAGGCCUGAGCUGGGACCUGCCACCCUGUGUGAAGGAGCACCACACGCCGCUCCUGGCCCUCUGAGGCUCAGCUGCUGCAGCCAUCCCUCCCUGCAGGCAGGGGAGUGCACAGAGGACCUGCUUUGCCACGGCUGCUCUUUGGCCCAAGUGCCGAGGUGAGUGCUGGCACGUACUGCUGACUGGAGCCAUGGGAAACCUUGGACAGUGUCGGUGCCUGGACACCUAAUCUUGGCUUCUUGGUGGCUGCGGGCGGCCUCGGGGAAGGUGGCAGAGCUGCUGCUCCCCACUCUAGCACAAGGUACUGCCCCAUCUAGCACAGGUACUGCCCAGCUCACUCUCCAGCAGGGCUGGGUGCAGAGGAUAGCACCGCUGCCCCGAGCACUCCCAGGGAGCCUUUUUAACACCAUCCAAUAAAUAAUUAAUUUUUUUUUCUAA